AUGUCACAGAAUAAUACUUUGGGGAAUAUGACUCAGGCGGUGUCAGAUGGAGAGCUAAACAUGUCUGCGCGCAGCUGUGGAGGCAGUAGUUCUAGUCUUCCCGGGACCCCAGGAGGAGAGGGACCAGCCAACAGUGUGCUCAGAUGGGCAGUCUCUUUUGAAAACCUCUUGGAGGACCCCUGUGGUGUUCGAUACUUCACGGACUUUCUGAUGUCCGAGGUCAGUGCAGAGAACAUCUUAUUUUGGCAGGCCUGUGAAAAGUUCAAGAAAAUCCCAGCCACAUCUUUGAAUGAGCUGAAGACUUCGGCUUGUUCCAUGUUCAACAUGUAUCUGUCUGAGAGCGCUCCGUAUUCUGUGAACAUCGAUGACUCUGCUCGAAUUGAGGAGCAGGACUUGGAGCAGCCUACACCCGACAUGUUUACCAAGGCUCAGGCUCAGGUCUGUUGUCCCUCUGCUGACGUCGGACCAUCCCACUCACCUUUGUCUUCUCUACAGAUUUUUAAACUCAUGAAGAUGGACAGCUAUCGUCGCUUUGUGCGCUCGCCACUGUACCAGAGCUGCACUUUGUCCAGUGUUGAAGGCAAAUCUCUGCCAUCUCUUUCCUCAGAAGCCAAUAAAGGGUCCCAGGACAAUGUGACCAGGAGCCCCUACAGUGACAAAAAGACCGAAGAAACGUCAGUGAAAGCAGCGGAGCCCCCGGAAACAAGGGAGAACCAAUCAGCGUGCAGCUCGGGAAUACUGACCAAUCACAUCCUCACAUCUGAAACGCUGAAGAAAUGA